AUGUUGGUCAAGAUAAAUUUCAAAAAUUUGGCUAUUUUGGCUGUAACUUUGGUUUUUGGUUACAUCGCAAUCUUGAUCUGGACCGCUGAUGAGAAGUUCCCUGAUAUUGAAGUGGAUUUACGUGACAUUGCAGGUUAUGCUAUUUUGGCAGCAACGAUGGGAGGCUAUGGAAUAGUAAAUGUGCAUGGGGAAGGGAAAUUAACAAUAAUGUCAAAAGGUAAAACUGCUGAAGGGGCAAACGAUGUACUUACCAAGGCAGAUUUGGUUUCCAAUCAGAUAAUUCUUGAUGUAUUAGGAAGAUAUCCUGGCUUAAAUGUCAUCAGCGAAGAGAAGGACACAAAGUUUACCGAAUCAGAAAUUGAAAAGUAUCGCUAUGAUGAUAAUGGUUUGGGGAUGAAUAUUAGCCAUACUGUACAGAAAUUACCCUCUACAAAAGUUAGUUUAUCUGACAUAACUGUUUGGGUGGAUCCACUUGAUGCAACACAAGAGUUUUCAGAGGGUCUUAUGCAGUACGUCACUGUAAUGGUCUGUAUUGCUAAUAAAGGUCAACCACUCUUUGGAGUUAUUCGUCGUCCAUUCUCCGAAGAAACAUGGUUUGGUAUGGAGAAUUAUGGAGUAAUGGGAGCGGAUGGUGUCAAAUGGAAUAUUAAAGAUUCCGAUUCCAAAUCAAAAAAGUUGUUGAUUUCAAGGUCACAUGCUGGUAAGGUUAAGGAGGCUGUUGCAAAUGCAUUUGGUAAUGAGUUUACCAUAGAACCAGCUGGAGGUGCUGGGUACAAAAGCCUGCGGCUAAUUAAUGGAUCUGCAGAUGUUUAUGUGCACACAAGUGUGAUCAAAAAAUGGGACGUUUGUGCUGGAGACGCUAUGCUUCGUUCUCUUGGAGGUGCGUUAAUUGAUUUAUCUGGAUCAGUCCUGGACUAUGGUUUGAAAGCUCCACUUACAAAUUCAAACGGGGUUUUUGCUGCACUUAAGAAUCCUUAUACUCUUUAUCAAAAAUGGCGUAAAAGUAAUGUGAUGGACCGCUAA